AUGGACAGCGACGACUACACAUCCACCCUCGCAUCCCUCUCCGUAACCCACGUCUACUAUGAUCCAAACGAUUACCUAUCCCUCCUAUGCGCCUACCUAGCCCUCCUCCCCCAGGCCCUCUGCGUCGUCUACGCGACCCUCAUCUUCUCCACCCGCGAGGCCGAGAUAUGCCUCGCCUUCGCCGGCCAGCUCGCCUGCGAGGCCCUCAACUUCCUCCUCAAGCGCAUCAUCAAGGAGGAGCGCCCGCGCCGCAUCCACGGGAAGGGUUACGGCAUGCCCAGCUCCCACGCCCAGUUCGUCGCCUUCUGGAGCAUCUCUCUCGCCCUGUUUCUCCUCGUCCGGCAUAAGCCCCGGCAGCAGUCCAGGUCAAAUCCGUCGUCGUCGUCGUUGCCGAGGAAUAACGUCUGGGAAGGCUCGCGGCCGUGGAGUCUAGCUGAGAGGCUGGCUGUGAGCUUUGCUGGGCUGCUAGUUGCGGCGGCGACGGCGUGGAGUAGGAUAUACUUGAACUACCAUACAACGACGCAGGUGGCUGCCGGCGUGGCGGCCGGCGUUGUCUUUGCGCUGGUGUGGUAUGUAGCGACGGAGAUGCUUAGGAGAACGGGGUGGUUGGCUUGGGGUCUCGAGCUGCCGCCCGCGAAGAUGUUGAGGAUACGCGAUCUAGUAGUGGAAGAGGACAUGUGUCAGGCAGGGUGGGAAAGGUGGGAAGAGAAGAAGAAGAAGAAGAAAGGGACAAAGGCAAACUAG